AAAAUAUAAAAAAGAAUCUAAAACCACUCAGCUCUCCGCACCAUGUGAAAGGUUGGUGUAGUGGCAAGAACUCUUUCGAAUCUGAACGCUUAAGCUCAUCAGAUACGAACAUUUUCCAGAAAAUUCCCCAUUACCUAAUCCCCACAAUUCGAGGAACCCAGAUAUGAAGAGAGAUUGCGGUUUCGGAAGUUUCUAACUUUCUUAAAUCCAGGUUUUGCUGAGGAGCUUGUUUGAAAGAAAUGCAAAAUAGACCAUAUCUCUCUUGUUGGUUGUCUUACAGAUUGUUUCACUUUCAACGUGAUAUUAGAGUGCAAUACUAGAUAUUGUGAGGUCCUUUGUUUUAUUGGCUCUUGAGUUAUCUUGUCUAAAUGGGAAGACCUUUCUGUUGUCUAUAAGUUGAACGCAUAAUUUCUGGUGAUUUUUUCUGGUCUUGUGAAGAAACAGAAUUUUUAUUUUUCGGGUUUUGAUGGGUAAAGAAAAUCAGUUGGAGACGACAAAUUGUGGAGUCAAUGAUCACGAUUGUCCACCCGUCAAGAACGAAGAACCAGCCACUGAGGCACGUUACAGUACAGACAGUGACUCGGGCUUACCAGCUUGUCGUGUAUGCCAUUCUGCAGAAUCUGACAGACGAGGAGAUGCUGCCUUAGGAUUUUUGGGGAUUGCUCCUCCGGUUCCAGAAGCACGUAAAAGCAAUGCAGAAGAAACCGCUGAUGAUGUCAGCAAAGCUACGGAGGCUGAGCUGAAGAAUUCUGUCGUCAAAAGCAAUGGAGUGGAAUCAGGCUUCAUUGAAAUAACAAGUCCUGAUGGGGAAGUUUUCAUUUGCACAAAUGAUAUAGAAAUGGGAAUCCAGCAGCACCAGGAUGCAUUGCUUGAGCUUGGAUGUUCUUGCAAAAACGAGCUGGCUUUGGUACACUAUGCUUGUGCACUCAAAUGGUUUCUAAACCAUGGAUCCACUGUAUGUGAAAUCUGCGGACAUCCUGCAGAGAAUAUAAAGACUGCUGAUUUCAACAAAGUGGUCAUUGCCUUGAGAGAUUACACGGCACUAAGAGAAAGAACCGCUGAUGGAGGAGACCCAAACGUUGUGUUACCUGUGAAUACAGAUUCAACCAUAGAUUCAGAUGAAGUUGCUACCAUUCGAAGGCAACGACUUAGUGAGAUAUCAUCGUGGUUUGGUCCCCAUUCUCUGAACAACAACAAUAGUAGUUCUGUUGCAGCUUCUCAGGUUAUGCCCGAACAACCUUUAGGUGUUGUCAACUUUGAUAUCUUACCUAUGGAAAGCCGUGCAACUAAAUGGGCAGUAGAAGGUACGGGGAUUCUACUUGCUACCGGGUUACUCACUGUUACUUUGGUCUGGCUCAUUGCCCCUCGUGUUGGAAAGAAAACUGCUAGGAGCGGACUUCACAUUCUUCUUGGUGGUCUCUGUGCUUUAACAAUAGUCAUCUUCUUCAGAUUUGUUGUGCUCACUAGAAUCAGGUAUGGUCCUGCACGCUAUUGGGCAAUCCUAUUCAUCUUCUGGUUUCUUGUGUUUGGUAUUUGGGCUUCUCGUUCGAAUGCGUCUCACAGUACCCCUUGAAUUCAUCAUCUUCCUCUACUCUCUUCUCCCCCUCUCUCUCUCUCUCUCUCUCCAUGCAGAAGUCUGUGUACUUCUCUUGGAGAAAAAAUGUACAUUGCUUCAUAUAUAUAUAUAUAAGGAAAACAAGCUCAUGCUUCAUUGAAUAUGAUGAAUAUAUAUAUGAUUCAUAAUGGUUACAAUUACUUUUACA